CGAUAACUCUCUUAGACGAAGAAGAAAUCGCGAAACGAGAAUGUCAUUCUCAGACGAUUGUACAUCUCCAUCGGAAAAGAAUCGAGCUCGUACGAGUCAAGAACCACGAGAGCGCCCUCAAGAUUUGUCUUUCUUGUCAUCCAAGGUAACAGAGAAGCAAAUUAUGAGCCAAGAACCGUUUGAAACGUCUUGCUCCUCUGUUUCUCCGAUGAACAGAGACAAAGAAGCCUUUAACAGUCGACAUGGUCCAUUCUCGAAAAACCAAAACUACUUCGAAAGUAAUGACAUCACCAUGAACACUGAAAACCUGCUAAAUCCUUUCCAUUUCGGAGGAGGUUCUUGUGGUUGUGCCUUUUUAUCAACAGAGUCGAUGUUAUGUUCUUUUACCGUUUCAGGUGAAGAACAUGGCACAAACAAUUCUGACACUUUGGGAGACCCAAGUAACAUUUCUCUUCGUUGUUUUGGGAGCAUUGAAUCCAUAUUGAAGGUAGCAAGAGAUGGAAUAGAGAUUACGAUGAUGCCUAUCCCUAGACUUGUCAACAACGCACCUCAAUGGACCAUCAAGAAGAGACUGACCGAGCAUAAUGUUAACCCUACUUAUGGCCAACUUCGUCUGCCCAGAAGCUUCUUCGAACAGCAGAUUCGAGGACAUCUGCCUGAAGCUGAUUUGCAAAAGCGGACUCAUUGUUAAGGUAUAGGACAACGACACGAGCACAAUGCAUGAGCUGCGUCUGGCAGUACAAUAUACCUAUGUUCUAACGGGUGACUGGCUGGAAGAUUUUAUCCAAAAGGAGAAGUUUGAAAGAAAGAGACGAUAUAGGACUCUUAUGGGAUUCUUCUGCUUCUAGGCUUCACUUUGGCGUGAUUGCUCGUGGAAAGGCAAUAGUUCCCCGGAAGAGAACAAGGUCUGCAUAAUGUGAUCUCAAUUACAAACGCAUAUCAGCAGCUGAGAGAGCUAGUGUUUUGUUCUUUCUAUUUUGUCAAAACAACGAUUGGUAUGGCUUAUAUGGUUAAGUUUUUUAUGCAACCAACACAAACAAUAUAUGAUUUAUC